AUGGAAGAUUGGCCGCCGGAUCCUCCUGCGAAGGUGGGAGAAGGACGGCCAGCCUCUUUGGCCAAGGUGGUGGUGCGCACUCUUUCCAUUCCUCCGGUGGAGGUGGACAUUAAGAAGCCAGUGUUGUUCUAUGGGGAGCCUGCUGUGUUUUUCUCGAAGGAGGAAGUGGCUCGUUCGAAAGUGGCGUUUCAUUCAGCCCUAGUUGGGAAGUGCGUGUUUGGAAGACCAUCGUUGUUUGAGAUCAAGAGUUUUUUGAAGAGGGAGUUCUUUCUCCAAGGGGACGUCAUCAUCUCCACUCUGGAUUCAAGACACGUUUUGCUCAGGUUCAUGAACCAUAUGGAUUUUGUGAAGGUGUGGCUAAAAGAAAGCCUGCACAUCAAGGGUUACCUAUUCAGAUUCAUGAAGUGGACAUCGGAUUUCACUUCGGGCUGGGAAUCGCUAUAUGCGCCAGUGUGGAUCUCCUUCCCGGGUCUCCGUAUCAAUUUUUAUCAAGGAAACUAUCUCCUCUCCAUUGCGGAAACGAUCGACAAGCCUCUGCAGGUUGAUGGUGCAACGGCCAAUUGUAUAAGGACAGUUGCUGCACAUUUUUGUGUCGAACUGGACUUGAGGAAUCCUAUUCCCUCUAAAAUAUGGAUUGGGUGUGGGGGGGAUGGCUUCUUCCAGAAAGUGGUGGUGGAAUGUCUUCCUUCAUAUUGUGUUUCUUGCUUCAAGAUUGGUCAUGCGAUGGUGAAUUGCAGGAAGGCGAUGAAGGAAACUUUGGCUAGGGAUGCAGCCCGCAAAGGCAAGAUGAUCGUCAUUGAUGCCGGUGCACAGGGAGAAUGGAUGGAGAACCAGGUCGAGUCUUUACAUGGGAGGAAGGUUUCGGUUCCAUAG